AUGUCAUAUUAUUCGCUCAUCGUGCUUUCCGUCGUGAUUUAUCUGGUUGCCGCCAGACCUGGCAGUCGACAAGAAACUCGCGGGCAAGAAAUGGACUCGCUGCAAACUGAAAAUGGUCAGCAAGGAUUCCCGUUCAAUGGGCAGCAAUCACCGACAGGAGUACAAGGACAGAGUGGAGUCUUCGGAAGACAAAACGGACAGCCAUCUCGAAAUGGACAGACUGGAUUGAAUAAUUUUACCGGACAACCUGGAACACUCGGAGGACAGCAAAAUGGUGCACUGCCACAGAGUAGCGAAGGCGAUUGGCAAGGAUUUGGGGGUCAGCAAAGCGGACAGCAAUUUCAAGGUGGACAGAGUGGACCAGAAGGAUUCAACAGACAGACAGGAGGCUUUGAAAACCGGCAGAACGGUCAGCAGAUGCAAAAUGGAAAUGGUGGACGACAAGGAUUUGGAAGUAGACGAGACUUCCAAGAGCGAAUUGACCUACUUGUAGAUAUGCUAAAGACGAUUGCGAAAACUGAUGAGAAUUUGGAAGUUGAUGGCGAAAAACAGCUGAUGCAGACCUGUUGCUAUCAAAAUGAAGACGAUUGCUCCAAAGACGAGUCGACGAAAGAGAUCAAUUCACAGAAUAUUGAUGAUUUUUCACAAAAUAUCGCUAUGUCUAAAGACAAUAAUUUAAAAAUGGUUAAUAUUCAAAACGAAUGUGAUGAUGAUGAUGAUAUCCAACUCAUCGCGUUCAACGAAAGGGACUAUGAAGCGGAAUUAGAUAAAUGGGCCAAGGCUUAUAAUGUUGAGAAUGAACGCAACAAAAUGAAAGCCGAAGAAGCUGCUCGUUUCAAAAAAGCAGAAAAAGAAAUGAAAGAAAUGAUAGCUAAUUUGCCGAAGGUGUACGAUUUGUGGAAGAAAAUAUUGGCUGAUAAGAGCAAAACUCGGAAAGAGAUGGCAGAGGCAAUACUCAAACUGAGUGAUGAACAUCCAGCGGAAGUCAGAAAUCUACUUUGGCUUAAUGGAAAUGUUAAAGAACUUUUGCACGAUUAUCAGAGAAGCAAGGGGUAUCAUUAA